AUGAAUAAGCAUAAUCAAUGGGAGAUUACUCCUUGUCCCUUAGAUGGUGUUUCUUCUCUUCAAUUUUCUCCUUUUACAUCAAUGCAUUUAGCUAUAACAUCAUGGGACAGAACUUUAAAAUUAUUUGAUAUUACAUCUAUAAUAUCCGAUAAUAAUACCAUAAGUGAUCAAGAUAGAAUCUUAUUUAGCUUUGAGCAUAAAGCACCUGUAUUGGAUUGUUGUUUUAGUAGUGAAGUACAUUUGUAUAGUGGAGGAUUAGAUCGAAGAGUUCGUAAAUUUGAUCUCUUUGCUUCAACUGUUUCAGUACUAGGCAUUCAUGAUGAUGCUGUUAAAUCUGUGUUAUUUAAUAGAAAUUUGAACUCAUUAAUAACAGGAUCAUGGGACAAAACUAUUAGACAAUGGGAUUUCAGAUUAAAGAAUGCUUCUCUUUCUGUUUAUAAGCAACCACAAAAAAUUUUUAGUAUGGACUCUAUCAACUAUAAAUUAGUAGUCGCUAUGGCUAAUAGAAUUGUGUAUAUUUAUGAUUUACGAAAUAUGAAUGAACCUAUGCAGCAAAGAGAAAGUAGUUUAAAAUUUAUGACAAGAGUUGUUAAAUGUAUUCCUAAUGAACAAGGAUAUGUAACAUCUUCUAUUGAAGGACGUAUUUCUGUAGAAUUUUUUGAUCCAUCUCCUGAAUCUCAGGCUAAAAAAUAUGCUUUUAAAUGUCAUAGACAAAACUUAGAUGGUAUUGAUAAUGUUUAUCCGGUAAAUGCAUUAGCAUUUCAUCCAAUAUAUGGAACUUUUAUUUCAGGCGGUGGUGAUGGGGUUGUUGCAUUAUGGGAUGGUGUAGCUAAAAAAAGAUUAAGACAAUAUCCAAAAUAUCCAGCUGCUAUUUCUUCCUUAGCAUUUAGUAAUGAUGGAAAAUUUAUGGCUAUAGGAACAAGCUGUGAUUACGAAAGUAUAGAUCAGAAAGCUAAUUUAUAUAACAAAGUAUUUGUGAGAGAAGUUCUUGAAGGAGAAUGUAAAGGAAAAGUUAUGUAA